CUCUAAACAAAGUAACCAAUCCAAAUUUGUAAAAUUUAAUAACUAAUAAAGAUUAUCAUAGCUGCAUACGACAGGUAAACAGAAAAACAAAAGAAACCCACCAACCAAUUUGACACCAUCCCUAACCUCUUCACCCCCAUUAAAAAAUUUGGAAAAAGGAGAGAUCUUUGCUGUUCUUUUUGAUUUACAGAUUGAAACAACAUGUGGGAAUCAAUCUGUUUGACGUUGGCUGCCGCCGCCGGUAAUAACAUCGGAAAAGUUCUCCAGAAAAAGGGCACCGUCAUUUUGCCUCCUCUCUCUUUCAAACUCAAGGUAAUUAGGGCAUAUGCUGUUAAUAAAGCUUGGGUUAUAGGCUUCCUUAUGGAUAUAGGCGGCGCAAUGUUGAUGUUGAAGGCAUUAUCUCAAGCUCCAAUAUCUGUCAUCCAGCCGGUUUCUGGCUGUGGUCUCGCUAUUCUUUCUGUCUUUUCACAUUUUUAUCUAAAAGAAGUGAUGAAUGUCAUUGAUUGGAUUGGGAUCACGAUGGCUGCCAUCGGUACCAUAGGAGUUGGAGCUGGAGGUGAAGAGCAAGAGGCUACUUCUAUAUCUGUUUUCCAGUUACCAUGGCUGGCAUUUAUUGUUGCCCUCUUGUUUGUAGGCCUUAAUGGAUGGCUUCGUGUUUGCAAGCGUGAACGGAGAGAACAGGAGACGAUGGAUUAUGAAGUGGUUGAGGAAAUCAUAUACGGCUUGGAAUCUGGCAUUUUGUUUGGGAUGGCUUCAGUGAUAUCAAAGAUGGCAUUUGUCUUCUUGGAGCAGGGCUUCUCAAGAAUGCUGGUUCCUACAUGCCUUACAAUCAGCAUAUUCUGCAGCGCAACAGGAUUUUAUUACCAGACUCGUGGUUUGAAGCACGGAAGAGCAAUCGUAGUUUCUACAUGUGCUGCUGUGGCAUCCAUAGUGACUGGUGUACUUUCUGGAAUGCUUGCUUUGGGAGAACGAUUGCCUUCCGCACCUGCUGCUCGAUUUUCACUUCUGUUGGGAUGGCUACUUAUCAUAGUGGGUGUGGUUUUGCUUGUGAGUUCAACUCGGUUACUGCGACACCUUCCGCGGCCUUUGAGACGCUUGAUGCGCAGCAAAAUUGAUCGGAAUCUCAAUCUGAGUCGAUCAGGAUCACUUCGGGCCAAAGACUCAAACCCUAGUGCUGUCAUCCAGGCAGCAACAUUGCAUCAAUUGAUAUCAACUUCAGCGAAGGAGAAGGCUUGAAUAGAAAAUAUUUCGCCCAGAGAUAUAACUUUUUAUGGGUUAACGGGCAAACGCAGCCCAAUGGAAUGUCGGUUUGUGUAGAGGCUGCGGUGUACAGUGGGCCUGGUCGUUGUUGUUCUGUCGGAGGGCGUGAGGUUUUGAAGAUCAUCCCUCCGAGACAUGUAAUAUCACAUGAAUUCCAAAACUUGAAAAUUCUCAACAUUUCAUAUUCAUUGCAAGGUACAGCUGCUUUCAGCAUUUGCUGGUUAUCAGUAGAUGUAUCUGUAACAACUUCUCCAACAUAACAAUGCUUAUAUGUUUUACUUUUCAGAA